AUGAAAUUAAAAACCGCGAAGAAAUCUACAAAAGCUAAAUCCGAAAUUCUCGACAGUUCAAAAUCAAUUAAAAAGGACAAGAAGCUGUUAGCAUCGCCAUCCGCCAAUGAAGAGGCCGUAGAGCACAAGAAAAAGAAGGUGCGCCCGGUAUCAUCACCAAACCAUGAGGUACAGGAAAACGUAAACGGAGCUAAGGCGAAAAAAUUAAAAACAGCCAAAAAAUUAAAGGCUAAAACGGAAGCUGGACUAGCCGUUUCUUCGCCACAAAAACACCCACAGCAGAAUGGAGCUAAGGAGAAAAACCCCAAAACAGCAAAAAAGAAUAAAACCCACGAAGAAGCAGAGUUGGAUGAUGACGAAGAUAACGAGCUAGCCGUUUCUUCGCCUGCAAACAACCCAAAGCAGAAAAAUGUCAAUGGUACUAAGACGAAAAACUCUAAAACAUCGGAACAGAAUAAACCCCAAAAAGAAACAGAAGCUUCGUCCGAUAGCGAAGUGGAUGACGAUGAAGAUAUCAAACCCGAAGAUAAGCAAGAAGAAUCGGAGAAAGUUAAACGAGGAAAAGAGUAUAGCAUAUUUGUUGGAAAUUUGCCGACUACAACGAAAGCUAGCGAAGUAAAAGAGAUGUUCAAAAAGUAUGGUACUAUAUUAAAUACACGAGCUCGAGCAUACGACGGGAAUAAGAUUAUGUACAAAAAAGAGCUGAAGAACUUAAAAGCUAUAAACUAUUACGUUCGCUUUUCGGCUAAGGAGGAAAUGGAAAGCGCUUGCGAGAUGAAUGGGCAGAUGGUGGGUGAAAAUCGCAUUCGAGUUACUCCGGAGAACAAAAAACAAUUUGGAGAGGUCUGCUCUACGGUGUUUGUAGGAAACAUUUACAGAGGGACAACGGACAACGAACUGUAUGAGUUUUUCGGUCAGGUCGGAGAAAUUGAGUACGUUCGACAAAUCUCAAACAAGUGCAUAGCGUACGUUUGCUUCAAAAAGGGCGUCUCAAUCAAGAAAGCCCUGAAGCUGGACCAAACCAAGCUCCACAAUCGCCCACUGAGAGUUCAGAAGAUCGACAUAAACCGCAGCAAUGUGAAGAAGAACAAGAAAGGCAACUUGGUAAAGCGAAACAAAACGCCGGGAUCUACACUCGGAAAGAACGGAGCCGCAGGAAAGCCAACGACAGGCGAGGAAGGUGAUUUUCACGGAAAAGUAGCCGAAAAGAAGAAGAAAAAGAAAAGUACUAACGCCGGAAAGGGUUCGGAAAAGUUCAAGAAGGGUCUCGCGGAAAAGCUAAAGGCAGCCAUGGUAGGGAAGAAGCAGUAGGAAACUGCACCGUAGAGUAAUGCGAAACUUUACAAUGUAAACUUUUGCUCACUUACCGGCAAUAAACCCGAUUGAAGAUG